CUGAUAAGAGGUGUAGCAUUAUUAAUAAUCUGCAUGUUCUUUAGUCUAUCUUUAGUCUUGAAUUUUAGUCAUAUAUAAUCCUCUUAACUUGUAAAUGGGAAGCCCCCACAAGCUAUCAAUCUUUGGCAUAGUCUUACUAGUUUUGUCAUCACUGCCAUCUUCUUUCUCAUCAACAACGACACAAUUUACGUUCAAUGUGGAGUGGAAGGAUGUAGAACGUUUGUGCCAUAUGAGGAAAGUGCUAACCAUAAAUGGAGAAUAUCCCGGGCCAACCAUCAUAGUUCAUGAAGGUGACAAUGUUGAGAUUAAAGUUACUAAUCGGGUUGCAAGAAACACUACUCUCCACUGGCAUGGUGUUAGACAGAUAAGAACGGCUUGGGCUGACGGUCCAGCUUAUAUUACACAAUGUCCUAUUGGACCUGGCGGAUCUUAUACUUACAAAUUCAAAAUCAUUAAUCAAAGAGGAACGCUAUGGUGGCAUGCCCAUCUUGGAUGGCAACGUUCAAGUGUCCAUGGUGCCUUCAUCAUCUACCCUCGCUUGCCUUAUCCAUUUUCAACCAAAAUUCAACAUGAUAUUCCCAUUAUAUUCGGUGAGUGGUGGAAUGGAGAUGUUGAAGCAAUUGAGAAUGACAUGAUGUUAUAUGGCAGCGGCCCUAAUUCCUCAGAUGCUUAUACCAUCAAUGGCCUUCCAGGACCAUUGUAUCCUUGUUCUACCAAAGAUACUUUCGUGGAGACAAUCGAACAAGGAAAAACAUAUUUGCUUAGGAUCAUAAACGCAGCACUUAACGACGAGCUCUUCUUCGCCGUCGCAAACCAUACACUAACGGUGGUGGAAAUUGACGCCGUUUAUACAAAGCCCUUCACCACCACUGCCAUAAUGGUCGCCCCUGGACAGACAACAAACGUCCUGCUAACGGCAAAUCAAGAUCCCCACGGCCCUAAUGGCGCCGCGUUUGUCAUGGCGGCCAGGCCUUAUCUCACCUCAGUUUUCCCCUUCGAUAAUUCCACCACAAUCGGCUUCUUUAAUUACAAACCCAAUAAUAAAAAUAAUAAUGCCCUUACCGGAAAACACCAUUACGAUCUGCCUUCCAAUCUGCCUGAAAUGACCGACACUAAAUUCGCGACAAAGUUUGCCGACAGUUUACGUAGCCUCGGAUCCAGAGAUUACCCGUGUAAGGUCCCGAAGAAGAUCGACAGGCGCGUGAUCACAACGAUCAGUCUGAACCUGCAAGAUUGUCCGGCGAAUGAAACAUGCAAAGGUUACAGAAACAAGAAAUUCUACGCGUCCAUGAAUAACCAGUCAUUCGUUAGACAACAUUCAAUGUCGAUCCUAGAAUCCCAUUACAGGAAUGUCAGCACCUCUCCCAACUUCCCAGAGAACCCACCCCACCCGUUUAACUACACCGGGGUGGAUCCCGUGGCAGAAAACAUGAACACCGAAUUCGGGACACGACUGCUUGUGGUGCCAUACGGUACGAGGUUAGAGAUGGUGUUACAGGACACCAAUUUCUUGAACCCGGAGAACCAUCCUAUUCACAUCCAUGGACACAAUUUCUUCAUUGUGGGGAGGGGGUUCGGGAACUUUGACGUGGCGAAGGAUCCGGCAGGGUACAACCUGGUGGACCCGCCAGAGAGGAACACGGUGGCGGUGCCGGUGGGGGGAUGGGCUGCAAUUAGGCUGGUGGCGGAUAAUCCCGGGGUGUGGUUCAUACAUUGCCAUCUUGAAGAACACACCACAUGGGGGCUCGCUAUGGGUUUGGUUGUGAAUGGCGGCCAACAUCCUUCUCAAUGCUUACUUCCUCCUCCCAAUGAUUUACCAAGCUGCUGAUCGAGUUUAUUUCUGCUUCACAAGUUUUGUUGGCUGCAUGGUUCAAGCAGAUCAGAGUAGAUUUUCCAUCUUUUUUAGAUGAUGAGUUAUAUAUAUAUAUUUUU